AUGCUUUUUCAAAACCCAACGUUCCUUGGCGCCAUCGCGUCGACUCUCCUUCUCUCCAACUCCUUCGUCAAAGGCGUCUGUCUGCACAACCACCUCCGUAAUCUCCAGGCAGGUCCUGGCUCUGUACCCAUCAGCAACUUCAGCUACCUCGGAGUCACCGGUCCUCUCGGCUGGGCAGGCCUUAACCCCGCAAACGUAAAAUGCUCAACAGCCAAUGUCCAGUCUCCCAUAAAUAUCGAGCACGGCGUCGUCCCACUCUCGAAGACCCAUCCGAAAAUAAGUAUCCCCAAUGUGAAGUCGGCGGAAUUUGAGAACCUGGGUUCGACGGUUGAGGUUGUGAUUAACGGGACUACGAUCUUUGAAGGCAAGACGUACAGCCUGAAGCAAUAUCAUUUCCAUACACCCGCAGAACACCUUAUCGACGCGCAAUUUUAUCCAAUGGAAGUGCAUUUCGUCAACGUCGCGUCUGACGGUUCUAUUCUCGUCCUCGCAGCCCUCUUCGAACUAUCCCUCACCGGAACCAACGCAAACCUCCUAGUCCCCCUCUCCGCUCCUCUCCAUGCCAUCACAGAACCAGGCAGCUCAACCACCACAGGCCCACUCUCCUUCUCCGACAUCACGAAUUUCUUCAACACUGUUCCCCUAUUCAAAUAUACCGGAUCGUUGACGAUACCUCCGUGCACUGACGGUGUCGUUUUCCUCGUCGCGAAUACUUUCCUACCGAUUACCCCGAAAGCGUUUUUGGAGUUUAAAAGUGUGUUGAAGUUCAAUGCGAGAUAUGUGCAGAAUGCGCCAGGGGAGGAGAAUUUGAUUGAGGUGGCUGCGGGUCAGUUUCCAAAGUAG